GCUCAUAGGCAGAGGCGCCGGUGGCUACGUCAAUCUCCUCUCGCAUUCACCAGUGAACACCCCGUGUCCCGGUUACAGGUACCGUGAAUCCCGCGAACCCCUUUUGGAUGAAGUGGCGCCGCUGGUGGCGACCACGCCGCCAGCGCCUUCCUGCGACGUCGAGGGGAGAACCGACGUCCUCUGCCCGGUGCAAAUACACGUGCACGAUCCACCGAUACGCGAACGACGAAAACAGGCGAACGAACAGGACGACGCAGCAGAACACGGGCAAAAACGGGGCGAGGAUCGUACGAGAAAUUGGAUCGAUUUGGACGAGAACGUAUUGGACGGUUACAUACUGAUGGACGAUUCCUGCCUGGAGUCCGGUGUCGUCGUGCCCGAGGAAACGCAGGAAAUUCCUUACCCGGAGGGUGCGACGGAAGUCGACGACGAGAACGACGACGCCGACAGCCACGGUAAAGACGAAUCUUCCAUUUACAGCAGAGCGAGAGUGAUCUCGCGAAGACUUCGGGAGGACUUCGAUCUUAGUACCACCUAUCCGAUGGCCAAUAGCCACGGCAACGCGUACAAAGAAUCGAGCAGUCACACUAGGUACAGCGAGUUGUACUCGGAGCUGGCUGUCAGGAACUAUCUGGAGAUCAAUCGGGAGGAAAUGGCUAGUUACUCCGUGGCCAAUAGCCACGGUGAUCACAGCGUGUCGUCGGAGAACAGGGAGCGAGGUAUCAGAGAGAACGCGGAGGCCGAUCAGCUGGGUUGGGACAUCAAACAGCAGAUAAAUUACGAGGUGGCCAAUAGUCACAGUAACUACAGAGUGUUUUACGACAGUCAGACGCAACAAAGGGAACUGCUGCAGACGGCAUGCUGGCCGAUCGAGACUUGGAGGGAGCACUUGAACGCGAGUAAUCGCCUGUUGGAGGAUCAGAAGCAGAAAUCGGCGAAUGUCGGGCACGCCGGUGACGACGAACCGGCCAGGAACGAUCGUUCCGAGGAAAAGAGCGACCUAAACUCUGAGCCAGCCUGCGACAUCGAACAGUGUCUCGUGCAGAUAGAGGAGAGCCUCCUGAAUAUCGAGCAGAAUUUGCUUCACGUGCAGGACCUCGACAUACCGGAAUUGAGAAACCUUUUGUACAAAAGUCCGAGCAUCGAGAAGAGUCUUUACGAGGUCCAGGACCUUCUGUACGCUGAUGGUAUCGUUCCUGUGAUAAACAAAAGGAAACCUUCGACCCUGAGAUUCGACGACGAGGACGAGGAAGAGGACGACGAUGAAGAAGAAGAGGAGGAAGAGGAGGAGGAGGAAGAGGAAGAGGAGAAAGUUUGGAUAAGUCAGAACAUAACGGUGAAAGACAACGACAACGAAGACGACGACGCUGGUGCUGGCGCGUUCGACGCUUCCAACGAAGAGUCAUCCGACACGACCAACGUGGAAGAGAACAACCAAUCAGGAUCGGCGGACGAUCGUUCCAACACUGACUGCGUAGACGGUUCGACCGUUUUCCGCGAGGAAGCUGUCGAUCCGAAUUGCAACGAGAAAGCCAUGAACUUUAUUCCCAAUAGUCUGAACAAAACUUUGCCGAGAAGAAUCGUUCUCGAGGAGACCAAGGAGAACAUCAGACUGAGCUUGUCAGAGCCCGUAGAGCCAACGACCAUCGACUACAAUCUGAACACCACGUGCGCUGAAAAGAAGCUGUUCUGCCGCAACAAGUGUCACAGCAGGACGAACUCCUUGGACGAGAAUUCGACGUUCUCGAACUUGGACUCUGCCGACAAACGCGAGACUGGCAAGAGCUCGCUGCAGAAUCUGCUGUUCGAGUCGGCGAACGGGAACUUUCCGGAUCUGAGCGGGAAAGCGAGGUCGGAGGAAAUGCUGCAAACACCGCGGAACAAGUCCCUGAGGAAUAAGAAACGAUCGACCAUUAACGAGAUUUCAUCGAAUCGGUGCGGUUUCACCGUGUCGGGCACCGCGAACGAGCAAAAGAGACCGAAAGUUUCGAAAGAGGUUGCGUCGCGUGCGCGCGAGAGAUCACCGAACCGAACGAGGCGCGGCGCAGCGUCCGCGGAGAAGGUCCAGGAAAAGGAGAAAGAGUCCGGCGGUAAAAGUUCCGACAAGAGGAAGAGGAAGAAGAUAUCGAGCAGAAGUCAAAGUUCCUCGGAGAACGCGUUAGUGCCUAGCAAACUGAUCUCUCUUUCACUGUCUCUUCUCCUCGCGGCUCUGUUGCAAGCAGUCAGAUGUCUGACGGACCUGGUCGAAGACGCGUUCAGGUCGGUCAGCUACGACAGAAGCGGCCUACUGCAAUAACGCUAUUCGCGAACGGUUCUCGUCCGGCACGAGGAACCUUUCGUAGAACCUAGUAGCACCCACCGAGAUGUCGCGUAAGAAUGGGAUCGUUAAACGGCACUAACUAACACUUAUUUUUUUCCGUCGCAUUCCAGUUCGAAACGUAUUUGGUUCCGAAACGUGACGCUCCCCAUCCAAGACCAGAUUCCCGUCGAGACAAAACCGUGCUACCGUUUUAGCGAAACCGAGCGAUCCGUUUUUUUUAUCAAUGUCGUAGAAACACGUAGGACUGCAUCGGUCUAACUCUAGACUCUUUAGCCUUCUGAAUGUGAUUAGCCGUUGCACUACCGCCGUCAAUCCGUCGUUAACGUACGAUCCGAUUCGGAUCGUCCAACGUAGACAUAUAGCGAUAGCCGAAUAACAUAGCGGGACGUUCGUUCCACUUUAUCGAUCAGCAUCAGAAUUCGUUGGCAAGACGAAACGUCGAUAACCGAGAAAUACUGAUCGAAUACCGAUAUCUGUGUUACUUAUUACUGGAUCUGUAUUAACUGAAACUUCCAACGUUUAUCAUAAGUGUUUCCUGUCUACAGUCUUCUAAUUGUCGAUGAUAAAAGAGCAACCGUCGUGACCGAUC